AACGACUGGUUCAUGAUUUUUGGUUGCGAGGCCCAAGCCCAACGCCAAGCCCAAGGAGCGGAAACAGUGACGACGGAACCCCAUUGGCGACCCAAGGAGUGGGUGGCCAUCCCCAAACAAGAGUUCCCUGGGAUUCUCCCCUUAAGUCCUGGAUUUCCGGGGCAAACCUCACGUGAAGAAACGACACCCGGAACCUUCGAAGAGAAAAGGGGACGACUUUAAUAGUUGGACACAAAAUGGACGACGUACCAAAAGAUGCGAAUGAGCACUGUCCAGGUACAAGGAGCGAACAGGCAGGAAAGUCUUCAUCAUGCCAAGGCUGCCCCAACCAAAAACUAUGUGCUUCUGGAGCCACCAAGGCCCCAGACCCGGCCAUUAAGGAAAUCGGAGAAAAGCUGUCUACCGUCAAACACAAGAUCCUUGUCCUAUCCGGAAAGGGAGGCGUGGGGAAGAGUACAUUCAGUGCUCACCUGGCUCACGCUUUGGCAAGCGAUGUCACCAAUGAGGUAGCCCUGUUGGAUAUAGACAUUUGUGGCCCGUCCAUUCCGAGAAUGAUGGGGCUGGAGGGAGAGCAAGUACAUCAGAGCAACUCAGGCUGGUCCCCUGUGUAUGUGGAUGACAACUUGGCUGUCAUGUCAAUUGGCUUCCUGCUGGGUAGUCCUGAUGAUGCUGUGAUCUGGAGAGGCCCCAAGAAAAAUGGAAUGAUCAAGCAGUUUCUGAGGGAUGUGGAUUGGGGGGACUUGGAUUACCUCAUAGUCGACACGCCCCCUGGAACAUCUGACGAGCACCUGUCAAUCGUCCAGUAUCUAAGCUCCACCCAUGUUGAUGGGGCUGUCAUCAUCACCACCCCGCAGGAAGUGUCCUUGCAAGAUGUCCGAAAGGAGAUUCGCUUCUGUCAGAAGGUCAAACUGCCGAUCAUCGGAGUGGUGGAAAACAUGAGCGGCUUUGUGUGUCCCAAAUGCAAGAACACAUCGCAGAUCUUCCCUCCCACCAGCGGAGGCGCUGAGAAAAUGUGUUCAGACCUGAAUCUGCCCCUGCUGGGCAAAGUGCCGCUCGACCCACGGAUAGCAAGAAGCUGUGACGAGGGCAGGUCAUUCCUAAACCAAAUCCCCGACUCCCCUGCUGCUGAAGUCUACCAGAGGAUUGUGCAAGGUGUCAAGGACUACUGUUCCAAACAUACCACAGACGAGGAGAACACUGGUUGAAGCCGCGGUUAUGCAACCCUGUUGGACCAAAGCUAAGACAUCACAGAAUUUCAUAAAAACUAGCUACGCACAUUGGAAAGACAUUCAAAAAUAUGACUUUCCGUAUUAAUGAUCAUGUUACAAUUCAUUUGAAUGUAGCGGCAGCACUUUGGAAUACAGGAAAACAUGAACAAUGAAUAGAACGCAACAUGAGAUUGACCUUUAUGAACAUGUGUGAUGGUUUUUCAAUACUUACAGAAUAUGCGCAAGUAGCAAUAUUGCUUUCAACCCUGAACAUCAGGUGUAAAUAUGAC